GCAUGCGCAGUGGCCUCUCGCGGCACCCGCGGCCCAGAAAGGAUUUCUCAACAUAUAAAAAAACAUCCGUAAUCUACCCUGACAGACUAAACUCAGAGCAGACAAAAGCCCACAGUGCUGACGUCAUUAGAGGGGGAUAUUUGGGGGGGGUCUGGCUGGCUUGCGUCACGUAGCUAAAAGACUCUACCUCCCAUGAUGCAUCGCUCUGCUGCUGAUGCUGCUGUGAGUCCGAGAGAGAAGAGAAGAGAAGGUGUUUACUGCGGACCUGAAGGAGAACAGGCAUCACGAGAGACACACGACAGAUCAGAGAAAGACAGACAGCUCCAUGUGGUCUGAUAGAAGAUGAAACAACAUGACUUUGGACGGAUCGAGCCGGAGUCUCUACAGCCGGGGUCAGGGGUCACCCAGCAGCCUGAGGGUUGUCAGGGUGUGUUGGGAGUGUGUGAGGACAGAGGACCUGGUUGCCAUGGUGAAGAGCUGGAGGAGGGCGGAGCUAAGAACACAGACCACAAGACAACAGGUGGAGACAAAGACAGGCAUCCGGUGGACAGCGCAGGUCUUUUCUCCUUCAUGACGUUUCAUUGGCUGACUCCGCUGGCUGUACAUGCACGCAGGAAAGGACGGCUCCUAUUGGAUGAUGUCUGGCCCGUGUCACAGCAGGAGGGUUGCCAUGCCAACAGCCUGAGGUUGGCGUCUCUGUGGGAGGAUGAGCGGAGGUCAAAGGGCAGCGAUGCGUCUCUGUGUUCGGUGGUCUGGUCUUUCUGUCGGGCUCGUCUGCUGCUCUCCAUCCUCUGUCUCACCGUCACCCAGCUGGCAGGAUUCAGCGGCCCGGCCUUUGUGGUGAAGCGUCUGCUGGAGUACACCCAGCAGACGCAGCCUGAUCUGGGCUACGGGCUGCUGCUGGUCCUGGGCGUCCUGACCACGGAGCUGGUCCGGUCCUGGUCUCUGGCUCUGACCUGGGCCCUGAACUACCGGACCGGGUCCAGACUGAGAGGAGCCAUCCUCAGCCUCGCCUUCAGCAAGAUCCUGAAGCUCCGCAGCAUCCGGGACAAGACCGUGGGACAGCUGGUGAACAUGUGCUCCAGUGAUGGCCAGAGGAUGUUUGAUGCCGCGGCAGUGGGCAGCCUGCUGGCCGGUGGCCCCCUGGUGGCCGUGCUCGGUGUGGUCUACAACCUGUUCAUCCUGGGACCCACCUCUCUGCUGGGAUCAGCUGUCUUCAUCCUCUUCUACCCCACCAUG